AUGCUACAUAACGAUCACUCGCAAAUACCGGUCCUUCGUCAAGGUCUCGACGUCUCCGCUUUCUACAAUACCUGGCGCGUAUUCAUGGAAUGGUUGGAAAUUAUGAGGAUCGACCACCUGAGCGUACCAUGUAUUCGUGGAACCAUCCGGCAUGACGCUUCUAAUCCCAGGUAUGUUGCCUUUAUAUAUCCUGCCUGCUGCUGCCAGGCUGAUAAUGCGAACCCAUCACCAUCCGUCCCAGAUUUCGCUGUCCACGCUACUCCCUCAGAAUUUCGAAAAGUCGGCCGCAAAUAUGUCUCCGUGUCCCCGGUCCAAUGUCCAAAAUCUAGUACCAAGACGGACGUGGCGAGCACAUCCCGUCCACCUUCGUCGGACACGCGCAUGUCCUUACUGGAGGAGAUCGAGGACCUGAAGCAUGAAUAA